AUGCACUGCGCAUACUGCUGCUUCCUAAGAAAACUUUUUGAAGAAAUGAUUCGCCGGACUAUCGCGUUUAUAGCCGCAUUAGCUUUUGCCGCCCUGCUAUCGACAGUCAGCUUGGUGAAGCAGGUGCCAGAGGAGUACCGAGUGAGGACGACCACCUUGAAUUACCCCAUCGGAAGUUUGGUGGUGUUGAAGCCAGAAGAGAGCAAAGAUUCAGAACUUGAUCCAAGAGACCGAGUUGUCAUCUGGGUGGACGAGCAGAACAAGACCGUCCAGUACCCAAACAUGCUCUCAUUCAUCCCAAACAUGAAACGGAUGAACGGAUCACUCAUCGGCAUGAUCGUGGUAGCAAACAGCCAGCAGGUUAUCUGGCCCAUCACAUACUGCUUCAACAACGACACCACCGAUCACAUCGUUAACAACAACAUCAUCGUAAGGAACAACUCGAACGACACCAGCAACGAAAACAACUCAACGAAGCAGAACAGUCCGUACAUGAUCAACAGCAGGGCAUUUUUCAUCUUUGCAGACGACGACGAUCGAGUCGUUUUCGAGCCGGUGUAUCGAGUGGCCUUCUAUUCACUCCCACCUUUCAGUUAUGAUACUUUCUAA